AUACAACAAUCCACUUCACCACACCAAUAUUAGUCUUGCAACCCAAGUUUCCACUUCUUCCUUCGACCACGACGUCCUCAACAUAUUCUUUAUUAAUAUUCUCUUGAAAACAACCACAACACACACAAAAGCAAACUUUAGAAGUGAUAUAUCCCCACACAACAACAACAACAUCAACAACAAUGACGAAAUCUGCAACUCUAUUCCUUCUCUUUCUCACUAUCUCAGCCUUCACUGAUGGAGCUCAGCUUAUAAUAGUGAAUAACUGCCAGGAGAGCAUUUGGCCGGGAAUUCUCGGCGGCGGAGGCCAAAUCACACCAAGAAACGGCGGAUUCCACAUGGGAAGCGGCGAAGAAACCAUCAUAGACGUACCGGAUAAAUGGUCCGGUCGAAUCUGGGGUAGACAAGGCUGCACCUUUAACCAAAACGGUAAAGGCUCAUGCCAAACCGGAGACUGCAACGACGGCUCUAUCAACUGCCAAGGAACCGGCGGUGUACCACCAGCAACCGUAGUAGAAAUGACAUUAGGCUCAUCUUCCUCUCCGCUUCAUUUCUACGACGUAAGUCUCGUCGACGGUUUCAAUCUUCCGGUGUCGAUGAAACCAAUCGGCGGUGGAGUUGGAUGUGGCGUUGCGGCUUGUGAAGUGAAUUUGAACAUUUGUUGUCCAUCAGCUUUGGAAGUUAAGAGAGAUGGGAAAGUGGUUGGUUGUAAAAGUGCUUGCUUGGCGAUGCAAUCGGCUAAGUAUUGUUGCACCGGUGAAUAUGCGAAUCCUCAGGCGUGUAAGCCGACUCUGUUCGCGAAUCUGUUUAAAGCGAUUUGUCCUAAAGCUUAUAGUUAUGCGUUUGAUGAUUCUAGUAGUUUGAAUAAGUGUAGAGCUUCUCGUUAUGUUAUCACUUUCUGUCCUCCAAAGUGAGAGGCUUCUGAUUUUUAUGUUAUGUUUAUCAUGCAGUAGCUUGAUUUGGUACUUGUACGGUCUGUUUU